AUGAGCGUGGAUGCACUGGGAAGCCCCGUGAUGGACCCUACGUUUUCCAAACGGAACACGGCGCUGAGAUUAGUUGACUUGGCAGGGGCUCACCACCAUCACCAUCAUCACCACCAUACCCCUCAGAGCGUGACAGGCUUCCCGGGGUUCAGCAGCCAUCCACACUCAAUGGCUCACGCGCACCCUGGGGAGAUUACUGCGGAACCCCGCCUGGGGCCGAGUCCAUUCGGGCCAGAACACAUGGGGCACUCCGCGGCCCUCAAAAUCAGCCCAGCCCAUCAUUAUCCCCACCACCAUCACCACCACCACAACCAUCAUAUGGCAGGCCACAGCGACGUGGUCUCCAGUCAAACGGGAGCAGCUUUUGGCCCGGUUCAAGCGACGUCGGUGCCUUAUAUGUCCCAUCCAGCUGCAGGUAGGGAUUUCCUCAUCCGGAGAGAUCUGACAGCUCAAGCCAUGCCAGUGCUCACUGAACAGACUGCUGGUUCCGCCUCUCACCACGGAAUGUUUGUUUCAACAACAGGUAGCUACCCCGGACACUACGGCCAUCAUCCUGACGCGGGAAACCAUGCUCUCUUCUCUGGACUGCACCACGACCAAGCAGCAAGCGGAUCCCCGGGGGGGCAGGCGUUGAACGGACAAAUCAGACUUGGACUUCCCGGAGAAAUGUAUGUCAGGUCUGAGCACUUAAGUCAAGUGGCGAGCUCCAGGGCUGAUCCGUUCUCCGCGUCGCCGCUGCAUGGAUACGGUGGACUGAACCUGAACAUGAAUCUGAGCGCUCACCACCACCACCACCAUCACAGCGCGGGGGCCUUCUUCAGGUACAUGCGGCAGCCCAUCAAGCAGGAGCUCAUCUGUAAGUGGCAAGAGCCUGAACUGUCACCCAAGAAGCGCUGCUCCAAAACCUACAGCACCAUGCAUGAGCUGGUGACGCAUGUGACCGUGGAGCACGUCGGAGGAGCCGAGCAGGCGAACCAUAUCUGCUUUUGGGAAGAAUGUCCGCGGGAAGGGAAACCUUUUAAAGCCAAGUACAAACUUGUAAAUCACAUCCGAGUGCACACCGGAGAGAAACCGUUCCCCUGUCCUUUCCCUGGGUGUGGGAAGGUCUUUGCCAGAUCUGAGAAUCUUAAAAUCCACAAGAGGACGCACACAGGGGAGAAACCCUUCAAAUGUGAGUUUGACGGCUGUGACCGGCGCUUCGCCAACAGCAGUGACCGGAAGAAGCACUCGCACGUGCACACCAGCGACAAGCCCUACAACUGCAAAGUGCGCGGCUGUGACAAGUCUUACACGCACCCCAGCUCCCUGCGCAAACACAUGAAGGUGCACUGCAAGUCCCCUCCGCCCAGCUCCGGCUAUGAAUCCUCCACCCCGUCCCUAGUGUCCCCCUCCUCAGACGUGGGCCGCGACACUGGGGCUGGCUCCACCGGCCUGUCCGAGCCCAUGGGCCACAACCAGAGCGCCAACCUCAGCGAGUGGUACGUGUGCCACAGCUCAGGUGCCAGUGGCGCACACACUCCCCCCAGUGAGCAAUCCACACCGGAGCGCUUGGAGGAGCCCGCGUACAGGCACGUGGAGAGCAGGGACCACUACUGA